CAUUUUAACGCUGAUUGGCUUCCUCCGUAAACCGGAAAUGAUAAAGACGAAGAAUCUGACCUUCCGCGGUAGGUGACUCCUGCAAGCAUGGCUGCCCGAGCACUGACCAAAGGACUGUUGGGGCUGCGGCAGCUGCGAGCUGCUACCACCGGAUACUCGUGUGGUGGACAUCAAUAUGCUACUGCUACGGCCGCUAAACCUCUUCAACCUGUACACGACGAUGUUUCAGAAAAGGCCCUGAGCCUGCCUCUGGACAAACCGGACUUUUUCCGUGUGGCUGAGCUCUUCUCGGUGAAAGACCUGUUCGACGCCAGAGUUCAUCUCGGACAUAAGCAAGGCUGCAGGCACAGACUUAUGGAGCCCUACCUGUACGGCUGCCGCUUGGACCAAGAUAUAAUCGAUCUUGACCAGACUGUGGAGCACCUUCAGCAAGCCCUGAACUUCACUGCCCACGUUGCGUACCGUGGCGGCGUCAUACUGUUCGUCAGCCGCCGCCGUCAGUUCGGCCACCUGGUGGAGAGCACCGCUCAGGAUUGCGGGGAAUACGCCCAUACGCGGUACUGGCAGGGGGGGCUCCUCACCAACGCCCCCAUCCAGUACGGCCCAGGCGUUCGCUUACCAGACCUCAUCGUCUUCCUGUCCACCCUCAACAACGUGUUCCAGCAGCACGUGGGCAUCAGAGACGCAGCGAAGAUGAACAUUCCCACAGUGGGUGUGGUGGACUCGAACUGUAACCCCUGCCUCAUCACGUACCCCGUGCCUGGGAAUGACGACACUCUGGUUGCCAUGGAGCUGUACUGUCGCUUAUUCAAGAUGACCAUCAGCCGUGCCAAAGACAAAAGGAGGCAGAUGGAGCUGGUGCACAGCCUCACAGCUCCCUCCACGCCAAGCUCAUGACAUCAUAUCUUCUGAUACAAGAGACAUUAAUAAUUGUGUAUUAAUGAGUUAAGACUGGCUGCGGCUCCCAUUCAUCAUCUAUAUUUAGAAAAGCUGUGAUGUUGGUGUAUGGGGACAAGUUGAAUUAGCCAGUGCUGUCUUUGUAUGAAGACUGAAGUUGUGUAAAAGUUAUAAAGUAUGUUGUGCAUCACUGUUGACGUCUAAAAUCAGACAGCUCUUUGUGUUACUGCCAUAUUCACACUCACAUGCUCUAGUCUAGAACAUAACAACCCUUUACAUUAGGGAAGCACCAAUCUGAACUUGGUUUUUAGUAUCAUUUUGAGAAUCAACCCAAUACCAGUGUUUAAUGAGAUGGAGGGCUGUGCAAUAUAACCACAAUCUCAACUAUUUAAACAAUAGAGCAUAAUAUGAAACAAGGGGUUUUCUAUUGUCACAUAUUGUACAGUGUCAUUGGCUUUAGGACUCAUUCUAGCAAGUGUGAAAUAUGUUUUUCGUUCUCUUCAUGCUUAUUAGCUCUCCAAGCAAAAUGUACUGGUGCACUACUUACACAUGAUGUAGUAAGCACAUAUAUAAUUAAACAGAGUCAUUUCUAUUAUUCUUACUGAAAUCCAGUCAGUAUUAGACCGGUGCUUCCCUGGUUUACGUUAUAUCUUCAUCUCUAAUCACAAUAUUCCUGUCAUGCUGCCACUGUCUUGUACCCUUGAGGCUUUGUUGGUGCAGGUUAAACCCAGUAAAUAUAAAUCAACACAUGGACUCAUUUCAAACGUAUGUGCGGCAACAUGUCACAACAAAAUGUCAUAAAGCCUUUAAAUGAAUAAAUGCAUAUUGUGUGUAUAUAAAUUUGAAACUGUU